AUGACUUGGUUUCUCCCGUUCAGCAACAUCCCAGUAACUCGCAUCAUCAAUAUAGAUUUCUACCUUCGAUGCAACUCACUCAAAUGUCGAUGUCAAUUGAAGGAGCAAGCAGUUGUUAACGACUUACACAUAUUUUGUUCUAGUUGUGCAAGUGCUCUUGGCCUUUCGAGCGCCACGGCCGGCGGACGUCAUUGCCCGGCAUGUCAGAUCAUCCUCGUCAACCCAGACGAUGCCAUAAUAACUGCUUUGAAGCCUACGGAGGACUACAAAACCAGUGUAUUGAGUGGACUGGACCCAAACACCAUAAUGGAAUGUGCUGGGCGCGCAUUGCUCUUUUGGACGUAUCAGACAACCCAAGAGAUGCGCGAAUUCCUCGCAAAGACACUCACGGAUAAGUAUACAGGCUUAAAUACGCAGAUGGAUAAAGCAACGCACGAACAGCUUCAGAAGAAGAACCAAGAACUCGUUGAUUUAUAUCGAGAAAAGCGCAAGAAGCUUACUCAGAUCACGAAUCUCUAUAAUCAGCUUAAAUCACGGGCGAUGAGAUCACAUUUGCAGACCGCUCCCUCAGAUUCAGUUUCUCAGGCGCUAAAUUCUCUACGACCGCCAAGGAACGAGCCUUCAAUAACGUCGACAUCGAAGAGGCCUUCCAGCCUACCGGGACCGCUUCAGACACCAUCCCUCCAAGGGGUGGAGCAAUUGUAUCGGUACCAACGAAGCGGCACCGGGAGCUCAAAGGGGGCAAGGAAAAGGACCGACGCAACAGUGAUGUCGCCCCCAAGUCUGCCAGGGAAUGCAAGAAACCUCAUAUUGGAGAGGUGCUUAUGA